AUGGAAAGGAAAUUGCAGAUAAUGCCACCAAAAGCAGGAUACUACCCAAUGGAUGACAUGCCAGAAUACAUCAAGAAAAUCCUGGCCAUGAAACAGAAGAGGGCUAGAAAGGCCCGAAAAGAUUUGGAACCAGGAAUGAUAGUGGUCGUUCUGGAAGGACAGUAUUCUGGCAGCAGGGUCGUGUUCCUAAAGCAAACAGAGGACAACAGGGCAGUUUGUAUCGGUCCUUCAUCCGUCAACAACAUUCCGCUGUUUUCAAUUGAUGAGCGCUUUCUGCUCAGCACGAGCACAAUCCUCAAAGUCAAUGACUACGAUCUUAAAGAUGUCAAGGAGUGUAGCAUGGAUGUCAACUACGAAAAUAAUGAGUCUGAAACAAGUGAAUUGGAAAGAAGGAUUGAGGGAGACGUAUUGAAGGAGAUUGCGAAGAUGAAGUUUAUGAAGACAUACCUCAAGUCGCCCUUUAAAGUGACUGAUAACGAGCAUCCCCUGGCAUUUAAUUAUUAAAGCUCAUUUUUCGGGUA